AUGAAUCCGUCGGAAGUUCUAACGCUUUCUGACGAUGACGACGAGGCCGACCUGAAAGUAAUCGGAUGGGAUCAACUAGUCUGUGAUGAGAACGAUGGUAGCGAAGCAGAUGAAUUGGAACAGAAAAAAGAAGAAGAAGAAGAAGAGAGUCCUGAGCCAGGGUUUGACAGAUCGCCAGGAACAUCUUCAGAGCGGUUUGUGGCGAAACUGUUCCAUUCUUUUCAUACAAACGUUUUAGUCCGGUUGACAAGAAGAAGUUCCGGAGAAGCGCCUCCCGCGAGUCAGAUGGCGAAUAUCUUCCGGAUGGUGGCGAGGAUGACGACGAGGACGACGACGAGGACGACGACGAGGACGAGAGUGACGAGAUACUGGACUUGGAUGAUAACUUAUCUGCUCGUUAUGACGCUCGCCUCAUCGAUUACGGACUCAAAACUGCCGAAACCGAGCCACAGUUCACUAUCACGCGAAUGGUGACUUCCGAGGAAAAUGAGGAAUCGCCGAAUCCAUGGAAGGUCGACACGGCAACUUGGAAUCGUCUUCAUGAGUGCGUUAUGAAUUCUUUUUCAACCUUUUAGCAAAAUUAUUGCAGCUACCAGAAGGUGGGCGUUCAGUGGUUUCAGAAGAAGAUGGAUCAAAGAAGUGGCGGCAUUCUCGCUGAUCAGAUGGGACUCGGGAAAACCAUCCAGGCCGCCGUGUUCCUCCGAUCCAUUGCAGAGACGGGGAGAACAUACUACAAGUUAGCUGUAAUCCAUUUCUCUAGUCAGUGAUUAUUUUCAGGGGAACUGGACUCGACAAGUGUCUGAUUGUGUGCCACGUCUCCGUGCUUUCGCAGUGGAUCAAAGCCCUGAACGAGUGGUUCCCUCUGCUCCGCGUCUUCUUGCUGCACAGUGUCAGUACCACCGGUCGACGAGAAGACUACGUUGACAAAAUAAUUUCGUAUCUGGGCAGAAAGAGGUUGGAAAGUGAAUUCGAGAAAUUUUGCAGAAUGACAAUAUACAAUAUUUAGCAAGAAGUACCCGCAUGGAGCGGUGGUACUCACAACUUACCACAAGUUCACGGCACUGAGCAGAGAUCUGGUUGGACAAGUUUGGCAGGUUGUGAUUCUAGACGAGGGCCACUACAUCCGCAAUGAAAACACGAAGGUAGGUGUGCCGCAGUUUCUGAAUGCAUAGAUACAACUUACUGUGACUGUUCAGUGCGCGCAAGCCAUGAAGAAUCUCAUCAGCACCCAACGCUUCAUUUUGACCGGCACACCGUUCCAGAACAAGCUUUCCGAGUUCUGGUGAGCGCUCUAUCGAAAGUUUCAAAGGUUAACCAAAGAUUUUGAGGAAACUUGUCGACUUUGUUCAUCCCGGCCGCCUCUCCGAUUCGACGACGUUCCAUCGAAACUUUAUUCAAAUCAUCAACGCUGGCGCCAAUCUUCACUGCACCCCAAAGGCGGCUGCAAAGGCCUACGAAUGUCUCGUUGCUCUCCACCGCGCCGUCAAACCGUUGAUCUUGCGAAGACUUCAGGAAGACCACAAAGACGUGCUCAAACUGCCAGAAAAAGAAGAUCGGGUCAGAAUAUCGGAUGUCUUACUCAAAACUGAAAGUAACCUCGUUAAUUGCAGGUGUACAGCUGCGAGCUCACGGACAGACAGCGCCGAUUGUACAAGGAAUAUCUGGGCACCGGCCAAGUCCAACAGAUAUUGUCGGGAAAGAUGAUGACGUUUGCCGGUCUGCAGAAACUGGCAGAGAUCUGCAACCAUCCGGGAUUCUAUCGAGGUGCGGCGCCUGGGUCCAAGAAGUUUGGCCCGAUCGAGGACAGUGGAAAACUGGUGAUGGUGUUCAAACUUUUCGACGAGUGGUUCAAGAAUCCGGUGAACCGUGUCAUCUUUUUCACGCAGCGAAGGCCUGUGAUUGAGAUGAUGAAGUACUUUCUGAGUGAAAAAGGGUAAGGAUGAAAUGGAACAGAACAAGUAUGAAAUGUCGUUCUCAUCAGAAUCAAGCAUGUUUCCCUGACUGGUUCCGACUCUGCGGCCGCUCGACCCAAAAUCAUCAAAAGUUUCGAGAAGGAUUCGGAAAUCAAAGUGUUCUUGAUGACCACCCGUGCCGGAGGACUCGGUCUCAACCUCACGAUGGCCAAUAAAGUGAUAAUAUAUGAUCCGGACUGGAAUCCGGCGGCGGACAACCAGGCGAAAGAUCGCUGCUAUCGGAUGGGACAGACCAACAACGUGUCGAUUGCGCGUCUCAUUUCAAACGGCACUCUUGAGGACAAGAUUUACAUGAAGUGAGUGGAAUUUGGAACACGACCUCAAUGAAGCUUUGAAUUCAGGCAAGUGCAAAAAGAGAUGCUCGGCGCUCAACUCCUUCACAAUGUCGACGUCGGAAACACUGUUCCAAACAACACUGUUGCCGAACUUUUUCGCUUGAAGCCGAAAGGGCUGGAAGGCACUGAAAUCGGACUGUACCUACCCGGAGAGAUUGCCCCCAAGAAGUCAAAAAAACAGAAGCGUCUUGCCAAAUUGAAGAUGGUGAGUAUACUUUUGGAAAGUGAUAUGGACUCAAACAAAGUAAAUUCAGAAGAACAAAUUGGAAGGAUUUGAAGACAAGAACCUUUUGCUCUCUCUGUUUGAUGACGAAAAACUGGUAGCGAUGCGAGAACACUCCAUCAGUGUUCAAAACGCUUCAAAUCUUAGCUUCAACGACAGAAAAGAGAUGAAGAAAGCCGUCGAUGAUGCGGUGGGCAGUCUGAUUCACACGUAAGUGCUUCAGAGACUUCUGGAGUUUCUCAACGUUGUUUACAGGGAAGGACGUCUGGCUCACAAGUGGAAAAGAGAGUAUGAGAAGUUAAUUAAACGGUCCAAAUCGAAUGGACUUUCAACCAGCGAGUAUUUCGUCGAAAAAGAAGAACCUGAUACCUAUUGGAAAACUGUUCAUCGCAACUUCCGUGUCAACGAUGAUCAGCAAGAAGUGAGCAGUCGUCGGCGUGCUUUUCUUUCUGAUGCCUAUUGUUUUCAGCUCAAUCGACUUGUUCAGUUAGCGAAGAGUCUGACAAUUUAUCUGAAUGGAGUAUCUGGUGCCAGGGAGGACGUGCUGCUCCGCAUCUUUACCAACAAGCACGACAAUGCAAAGGCGACGCAGAUGUACUUCUUCCGAGAGAUCCUCUCUACAAUAGCGGAGUUUAAUGAAGACAAGAAUGAGUGGAUUAUUCGGUCCAAGUACGAGGGUGUUCAGUUCGAAGAGCCCAAGAAGAGACAGAACCCCGAUAAAAUUGAACAAGAGGAAAAGAAACGUCGAGAUGACUCGCCGAUCGAGCAGAAGGACCCCAUUCCUUCAUCGACGUCUGACGGCACAGAGUAA